UAGGCUGCCAAGGAGAGAAAUUGUGUAGCUGUGACCAACAUCGAUCCGGUUGUUUAUUCCUUGGAAGGACAUACUGAGUGUGUGUUUGUAGUUAAAAACCUGCAGAUCGACGGCGGACAAACUGCCGUGCGCUUUCUCUCUCUCCGUCCAACCGGAGGAUCCGUCCGUGUGACGGACAAGAAUGAGGUGUUUGUCUGUUUAGCAGCCCGUCCCUGUUCAAGAUGCUGCGAAGGUCCCCUGUGAUUAUUCCUCCUCCUGUGGUUAUGGUUGCACCCAGUAAGCAGUCAGGAAUGUCCUCCUUCUCCUCCCUAUGACAUGGUUUAACCCACGAAUGAUCUGGUCACCGUGAUGGCCUCCAUGGUUGCCAAUGGAAACCAAGACGGGCAGUCUCUGGUCUUGAAAGGGGUGGAUCCAGAGACCUGCAUGAUUGUUUUCAAGAACCACUGGGCUCAGGUGGUGAAGAUCCUAGAAAAGCAUGACCCCCUGCGCAGCAGCUCCACACUGCCCUCUCUAGGUGUCAUCAACCUCAGCGUUGGCUCUAGCAGCAGCUCUCGUUUUGGCCAAAUCCCCGGAGACGAGGCGAGUGCUGUGCAGAACUAUGUGGAACAUAUGCUGUUCUUGCUGAUAGAGGAGGACAGCGGUCAGGUCGGUGCAAUGGGCCCCAUCCUGGAGUUUGUGGUGAUGGAAAACGUGAUGGAGCGUCUCUUCGUGUGGAGCCUCCGUAGAGAGUUCACUGACGACAUGAAGCUGGAGCAACUGAAGAUGUACGAGAUGCUGGUGGGCCAAGCGCGCCAGCCUCUGCUGCAUCAUAAGCCCAUCCUGCGGCCCCUUAUGAUGCUGCUGUCGUCCUGUUCAGGCACCACAGUGCCAGACGUUGAAGACGAGCUGGUGCUGCUGCUCAACCAGCUGUGCUGCGUUCUGGCCAAGGACCCUUCAAUUCUGGAGCUGUUUUUUCACACUAGUGAGGAUCAGGGAGCCACCAACUUUCUCAUCUUCUCCCUGCUCAUCCCCUUCAUCCACAGGGAGGGCACAGUGGGCCAGCAAGCCAGAGAUGCCCUGCUACUCAUUAUGUCGCUGUCUGCUGAGAACGAGCGAGUGGCCAAACACAUAGCAGAAAAUACUUACUUCUGUCCGGUGCUGGCCACAGGGCUGAGCGGCCUGUACUCAUCUCUCCCCACCAAACUGGAGGUUCCCAAUGAGGAGUGGCACAGCCUGCACAGAGAAGACUGGCUGAAGAUGCCGCCCCUGGUCCAGUUUCUUAACUCACUGGAAUUCUGUAACGCUGUUAUUCAGGUGGCCCACCCUGAUAUCAGAGACCAGUUGGUGAGCUAUAUUUACAACGGAUUCCUUGUGCCUGUUCUCGCACCAGCACUCCACAAGCUGACCCUAGAGGAGGUGAUGACCACCACAGCGUACCUCGACCUCUUCCUGAGAAGUAUCACUGAGCCGGCCCUGCUGCAGACUUUCCUCUCCUUCAUCCUCAUGCACCAACACGAGGGCGUUCACAUCUUAGAUACUCUGGUCAGCCGCAUCAACACCCCCUUCCAGCUGGGCAUUGUGUCACUGGCACUUUUCCGCACUCUCAUUGGCUUAUACUGUGAAGACGUGAUGCUGCAGCUCGUACUGAGGUACCUGAUCCCCUGUAAUCACAUGAUGUUGAGUCAGAGACGUGUGGUGAGGGAGAGGGACUGCUACUCUGUGUCAGCAGCAAAGAUCCUGGCAUUAACGCCAUCCUGCUGCUCUCCUGAUCACAGCCCCCCACCCCUCCGACAGCUGGACUCAAUCCUCUUUUCUAAAGGUGCAGAGACUCCCAACAACACUGGCACCAGAGAGGAAAAAGAGAGCUUCUCAGAGGAGGAUGAUGAUUCGGGUAACUCCUGCACCAUCGGGUCAGAAAUCUACUUGGAUGUCAGUUAUCUUCAUUACCUCUACGAUGCCCGACUGAGCAUCAGCAGCUGCAUCCGGGCCUGCAAGGUUUGGGCAGCCCUGUAUGACGGUGAGGACCCCCCUCCUGAGAAAUACCAGCCAGGCGUCCUCGAGGAGCCGGGACUGAAGUGUCGGCCAAUACAGAUGGCUCUUAAGAGAGUUCCACAGCUACCGGCCCCACGCCCUCGACCCGUCCCACCACCAAAGUCAGAGCCACCCUCCGUCAACCAGCUGGAGCUGGAGUGGGAUGAUAGUUAUGAUGCGUGCCCGGUGCAGUCUGCUGAGGCUCCUGUUGAGAGUAAACCUCCACAGCUGCCUUCUGCCGAACCUCCAAAGCACAUCCAGGAGAUGAGGAGAACAGCCAUCAUGUUAGUUAAAGGCUCAUAUAUUGAGGAAUCUGAUUUCGAGGACGAUGUCAUGGUUUACGAUCUGGUUGCAAAGAAAGAUGCCAGAGAUGUUGAGGGUGAUAAGCACAAACCCAAUGGGUCAGAAUCAGAAGAACCCCAACCAGACUCAGCUGAAGUUCCCCUUAAAAAUGGACUCAGUGUAACACUUCCAACUUCUGUGAUAGCUGAUAAGAGCAAGAAUAGCUCGGACAUAAAGGCCAAAGGUCAAACAGAUUGUAAUUCCAACCUCCAAAACACAACCACCACCAACGCUGCUGCUGCUGAGCCAGGUGAUGACCUUUUGGCUCAGUAUGAGGAGCUCCUUCGUACAUUGGACAAAGAAGCAGUUGGAAAAACUGUCAAAUCUGAUGAAGAGUUGACGAAGCCCAUUUCACCUAUGGAGGCAGAGAAGGAGAAGGAGGAGGAGGAAGAGGAGGAGAUGGAUUUCACCUCCUUCUCUGCUGAGACACCGGAGCCAGAGAAGGUGCAUUCACCUUUUGGCCCCAAGCUUCGAAGCGGAAGUAUAAAUAGAAACUAUUCAGUGCCUUUUACAGGUCCAUUUGUCAGUGUGCUUUUGUCUCGUCUGGAGAACAUGCUGUCCAACUCGCUUCAUGUCAACUUGUUGUUGACGGGCAUACUGGCCCAGUUGGCAGCCUACCCUCAGCCUCUGCUGCGCUCAUUCCUUCUCAACACCAACUUGGUCUUUCAGCCGACAGUUCGCUCCCUGUACCAGGUACUAGCCACCGUGAAGAACCAGAUAGAAGAGCUGGCUGCCAGCAAAAGGGACUUUCCAGAGCUGAUUACUGCCGCCCAACACUGGCUGCUGGCGAGGGAGGCGUUGUUCGGAACAGCAGACAAAAACAGCGGCGGUGGCUCCACAAACGGUGAGGGAGGGAGGAUCUUGAAGAAUUCCCCGCCACCAAAGCCCAAAGCCAUCUCUCUGGACCGGACAGACGUGUUCGCCACCGUCCUCUUCACGGAGUUCCUCAAAGAACUGGCUGCCAUUGCACAAGAACACUCCAUCUUAUCAUACAUUCCUAUGGAAGAUUAGUUGUGUCCUGAUAGGCUUCUGUGAUGAGUCCAACUGAACUCUGAAAGAUUUUAAAACUUUCUUCUUCUUUUUUUUUUGUCUGGUCUUUUUCAGGUACUACUCCAUGAAGAAACCUCUUAAAUCCAGUGAUUUACACAACUAUUUUAAAAAUGAGUAUUUAUUUUCCAAGCAAAGAUAAUCACUUUAAUGUGCUUUUUAAAUUCAUCAUUCUGUAUAGUGUCGGGCAGCCAAGGAGGAAGUUUAGACCUUGAGCUAGAAAAUCUUGACCUGCACCUGCCAAUAAUGUUCAUAAAAGUGAGCUUUAGGUCCACCAACCAAAGACUGUAGAGAAAUUAUUUUUAAUAACAAAAAAAAGAGGACAUUUUUAGCAAUCAUCAGCCCUUAUCUGAACUUCAGGGUUCUGAAUGUCUUCUACAACCAGCUCCAACCACAGUAUGACGUCUGCUGCUCAGUGUGGUUCUGUAAAAUACUCAGGUGGCCUUUCUGGAGUGCCGUAGGAUUACAGUAGCUGAGCACAAUGUGGUGCCACUGUUUGGCUUUGAGAAGACGAGCCUGCUAAUUCAAUAGCAGAAUGAAAAUAUAAAUUAUAACUGUUGUCAUCACAGAAAAACAUCCAAACUUACACUUAAUUAUUAUGCAGCCGACUACAUUUUGGGGGACAAAACAUGGUUGGUCACUUUAGUCUUUGAAAACCUCACAAAGUGGUGUUAGAUGAACAUUUGUUUUGGUGUUUUUCUGUUGAUUCAUGAUGGUACCUCAGGAGCCUUGUUUAAAAAUGCACAUUAACACAUCUGUUCUCGUUGUUUUUUUAAACAGCCUUUCGGUGAAACAAUUCACACUAUAAUGCACGGGGCUCCACAUGUUCUCGAUAUCCAUACAAAUUAACAGACCAGCGCACCAAAACCAGGAUUAUUGAUGCUAUAUUUAAUUUGCCUUAUAUUAGUAAAGCUUUACAGUGUACAUAUUGUAAGAAAACACUAUGCAAAUCAAUGUUAUUGUUGGUUAUAAUUAAGUUCUGAAUAUUUUCAGAAUGGGAAGGGGUAUUUAAGCUUUUUUUGAGACUUUUUCUAUUGCCACUUUUCUGUUUUUUGCAACAGUGUUAGAGGCUUUUUAGUUAUUAAGGUUUGUCAUCACUAUCUGCUGUGUUGGUAUUGUGUAGGGUGCUGUUUUAGUUGUGAUAAGUCUUAAAUAUCACUGUUGAGAGAGUCGUAGGUUUGGAUUAUGUUGAAAACAAUCUCAGACUGUAACUGUUACCGAGGGCAAGCUGUUGUAAAUUGCCUUUGUUUGAGUCCAGGUGGUGAGCACAGUUGUUAAAAUCAGAUAAAUUCAAGAAAUGUAUUUUGUUAUAAAGCAUGCCUAUUUUUUAUUAAUAAAUUAAUUUACCAGAACAGAAAUACUUUCAAAUUAGUGCCUACAUCAGGAUUUCAGUUCACAUUAUUGCCUGAUUUUAGAAUGGAUUUAGACAGGGGAAAUACAGACCUUUAUAGGUUACGCUUACAGUUCAUAGUGACAUUUUUGUUUUUUUUAACUUGAAGCUGUCCAUUGUCAAAGUGUAACGACCAUGGGAGAUGUGGGAGUGUGACAGGUAUUGUUUUGUCCCAAUAUUUCAGCCGAGUUCGACUUUAGUUAUAGAAAACAAUCUCUAUCCAUUCAUAAUUUCAUAGAUUGAUGCAGUUAAUAUUGUGUGGACAGUUAUCUGGGGAAUUACCUUUUAAGAGAAUAAUGAUUAUUACUGAUUCUGAGAUAAUGGACUGCUUUGAGUUUAUAUAACAAAAGGUAAACACAAAUUAUUAAGAGAAAAGAGGGAUUGGGAUGUAAAGGCUGGUGCACAUCUGGUGGUAUUGUAAAAUGACAAUGAUGAAUCAUCAUCUCAUAAGUUCAUCCAAGAAAAGAAAUUUGUUUAAUUUAGUUUGACUAACUGGUUUGUGUUUCUUUGUUCCUAUUUAAAUCCAUUCGAUUUAUACUUGAUGCUAUGCAGGCAGUUAAUUAUUCAGUAGGAUCUUUGUGUACUCAUAUUUUUUUACAAAGAUGGCUGCAAAUGUAUUUCUAUCUAUGCCAUUUUCUGAAUUGUUGAAUAAGUUUUUCUCUCUGGCAAAAGAAUGUUGCAGAGCACUUUAUCAGCCUUAAUACUACAGUGCCACUCUGCACUGAGUAAUGCUGAAACAGCCCCUCAACCAGGACCUGUUCAGUCUGUGUUCACAUAGCACAGUAUAACAAUCACUGUUUUAGCAAAACGGGUAUUGCAGGUUGGCAAAAAGAUCACAGAGCAGUUUCUGUCUCAGUAGUUUUUUAUAUCAAAGGUUCUUUCUGACACCAUUUGGCCUCAGUUUUCUGUCCCAGAUGUAAUCAGGUCGCUGUUUGUUGCUGGUGUCUGUGACACAAAGGCAUGCCUCUUUUAAUAAAGACAA